UCCAGCACGUGUAUCAAUUCACAUGUUGUCCCUCGCUGUAAAGUGACGUUAGUGGAGAAAGGAAGAGGAUAGAAGUCCAUAAUUUUUUCUCAGGACAAUAGUGCGUACGUCUGCACACGGGCUUAUUAAGCAACAAAGUAUAUGAAACUACUUUUUCGCGUACGAGCAGCACGUCAGGUUGUGUCAUUGGCGCUGGACACCAGGUUGUUGUGAUACCGACCUAGAAACAAACCACCAUUAAGGUAAGGUGAUGCUGUCACCGGGGAGUCCUUCCAAAUGGCAAGUGCAAGAUUCCCUCUCCUUGACACCCAGUCUCCUGUACAACGACAGUGACCAGACGGAGGAUGAACUGGAGGUCUUUUCCUCUGAGAGCAAGGCUGCAGGAGUUGUGCCUGAUCCAAAGCCAUCCUCCGCGGCUAAUGGGAGCUCUCAAAAUUCAAAAUCGCCUCUCACCUUUGUGAACCAGAGGAGCGGUAGAGCUGAAAAUGUUCAAACUGGAUGUUCCUCUGCGUCUCCAGCCUACACCGGUCAGACUUCAACAUCAUCUGAAAGAAUUCCCUCAGAGGGGAACCUGAGGUUUGCACGCAAAUGUGCAGAGCUGCACGGGUACAUCAGACCCCUGUUGGAGCUGUUGAAGGGGCUGAAAACCGGUCGAUAUGAUAAAGGUUUGAGCACAUUUCAACAGAGUGUUGCCAUUGAUAGACUGCGAAGGAUUGUGGGUGUUCUACAAAAACCUGACCUUGGGGAGAAGUAUAUGGGCACUCUUCUGCAGCUGGAGAUUAUGUUAAAGGUUUGGUUCCCUCAGGUGAGGCCUCAGCAUUGGGAAGGCACCCCUUCGUUCCACAACCUGCCUCCACGCUGGAAUCAGGACCAGCUACAUAUUCCUGUGAAGAAACGCAGAUUAAGUUGGUCAGACUCUGACUCGCAAGGAUCUUCAAGCAGCAAACGCAUUCAAGAGGACGAUCGAGGGCCGAGCCCCAGCGAUAGCAGCUCAUGGCUUAGCAGCUCCGAUACCAUGUCUAGUGAACUUGAAGAAGACAGUCCGAUCUGUACAAAUCAAAAUAAUAUGACAUCUGAAACCAAACUCAUUGAAAACCGCAAACUUCAAGUCAGGCAAAAGACAAGCUCUCUGACUGCAACAGGAAGACCACCUCUGCUUGUAAUACCACCGCCAGCCACAGAUGGCAGCAGCUUGGGCAUGCAGGACUGUUGGGUGUCCUCCACAACUCCUACUUCCGACCCACCAGUAGACACGAUGAUUAGUAAGAAAGAUUUGGGUGAAUCUGCAAAAGAAGAAGGGCCAAAAAAACAGAUCGACACAGAGAUGUUAAACAUAAUAUUUUAAAGUUUCUCAUUUUUAAACGAAUUAAUGAAUGAAGCAUUUCUCCAGUCUGUUGAUAUUGGAAACUUUUAUUCAGUUUUUUGCAUUCUGCCACAUAUAUGUACAGCACAGACGUAAUCAUAUGUAUGGCAUAAGAUUUGUGCAUGUACGGUUAUAGACUGAAGAAAGAAAGUCUUAAAAUACAUGCUGGAGCCGUACAGUCGACCGGCGAAGCAUGCACAGCUAUCAAACACUGUACUGCACUGCCUUCCAUGAUAAACACCGACUUCCAACAAUAUCUGCUGCUGUAUGAACAUAAAACCAGGAGGCCAGAUAUCAGCAGAAGAAUGGUCUUGUAAAACGUCCAGAAGUGUGACUGCGAUCGCAAUCUACCUUAAUUUCCUUUGACUUGAAUUGAAAACCACUUUGAGCAUCAGAUGAAAUAGAAAUGCAUUAUAUGAGAGGAUGUUUUAGAGGCAGUUUUAUUUAUUGCAUUAUUACUUGAAGAUACUGAAUUCACUUAAGCAGCCUUAAAGAGUCCGUACCAGUGGGCCGUGGUCCAUUAUCAUAGCUCAAUGUUUUGUUUAUGAAGAUACAGAAAGAAGAAUCCCGGGAACAACAGAUGGGAUGCCUCGUGAAGCGUUAUUUUAUAAUCUGGAGAGUAAACGGUCAUUUAUUGUAUAUGUUUUUUUGCCAAAAAUUGUUUGCACAUUUAUGUUCUGCUUUCAUGUUAUAAGAGUUCAUUUUGCACAAUUGUUUCCUUGUACUCACCUUUUUUCCAUUUUAGAAUUUGUGAAUUUCAGCAUUGUGACUAUUAACCAUUCUCUAAAACGAACUAAUGUUCAAGUUGAUGACAACGAGUAUGUGGCGUGUCACACGGAGGAAGACGAGACUUGUUUUAUUUAGCUAUUUGUAGAAUAUAUUCUGACAUUAGAGAUGCAGUAUUUGGUAGUUGCUUCAUGAGGAAUGAGAAGAACUUUAUCGGUAUGUUGACUGAGACUCAUGUAGUCACGUCCUUGUGCAGCUGUACGAGUAUCGUGUGAAAAAUACAUGUAAGUAUAUUGUUGGAAUUAUAAUGGAGAUUAUAUUAU